UCUUACUCCCACUUUAUCAUCAUCACUGUCUCUUUAGCCUUUACCCUUUGUUUCGUUGAUUUGUUUCUAAGGAUUUAAUCUCCAAACCUCCUUCCCAUUUCUUCAUUACAUUGUUCAAGAAAAAACGAAGCAAAAAAACAUGGCCAAAGUUCUGUUGUUCAUUGCACUAUGUGUGCUUCCAGCUUUGGUUAGUGCUACACGCAUUCUGAAUAAUCAAUUGGUGGUAGAAGGCUAUGUGUACUGUGAUACUUGCCGUGCUGGUUUUGAAACCCCUAAGACUAGAAGCCUAGCUGAUGCCAUGGUUAGGUUGGUAUGCUCCGACAGGAAGAGCGGCCAAGUUGUCUUCAAAAAGGAGGGAUACACCGACAAAACCGGAAAAUACCAGAUUCGUGUAUCCGAGGAUCACUUGGAUCAGAUCUGUGAUGCAGUUCUUGUGAAGAGCUCCCAGCUUGGUUGUGCCACAAUGUCCCCCGGUCGUGAACGUGCCCGUGUUAUCUUGACCAACUUCAAUGGCAUUUCAUCCACCACCCGUUAUGCCAAUGCCAUGGGCUUCAUGGUUGACGAGCCUGAAGCUGGCUGUGCUGAGAUGAUGAAGAUGUAUCAGGAGGAUGAGGAGGAUGUCUAGUGUGUUGGUUUGGAUUUAUUUGCAUAUGAAGUAUGAUGUUGUCUGCUAUUUGUUAUGUGAAUUGCUUCGUUAUUUCUACGUUUAGAGGACUUCUAUAACUUAUUUUUCUUACAAAUUCUAUUACCAAUUAUAUAAACCUAAGCUAUGGCUUCUAUCUCGGAAGUAUUUUUUUGGGUAAUUGAUGUUGUUUCAACUUGAUGAAA